AUGAAGCUAAGUUUCUGGUUUCUGUUAUUUUGUUCAUCUUUUUAUGUGAGGGCAACGAAGGAAUGCCCCGACAACGUGGACGAAGCUCUAAAACCACCGAUCGCGGAAGAAAUAUUGGAACGCGGCCUGGAGAUGUUGCUGAGAAAGCUGGAAAACAUGGAUCGUAAGUUGUUGGAGCUUCAAUACGAAAUUCAUGAACUCCGAGAACAAAUGGCCAUCAACAAAGCGUCGCACGAGAAGACCUUCUCCGAUUUCCUGUGGGUUAUGCACCGCCUAGAGGAACGAGUGGAAAAGGAUGUAGGCCGUAACAUGACUAUACUGCAGGAUCAAUCGAUGCUGAUACUGGCGCAGCAAACGGCGUGUGCAAGUCACGAUCAGUUUCGUGAAAAAAUGUUUGACUUGACGCCGAAGAACAAUCAAGCAUUGUUACAACCAGAGGAUAGCACGAGACACAUUAACAACAUCAACACCUCAGCGAGAAGUAUCUCACAAGCAACGCCAACAGCUCCAACAACGACUACUAUAGGUCCAACAACAACAACACCGAGGCCUGAACAACCGUCCUUUACCUCGUGCAAGGAUGUUCCGUACAACGUUUCCGGAGUGUAUCUCAUCCGCGUGAAUAACGAUAGUGCGCCGUUUGAAGUGUUUUGUGAACAAGAGAAGUUUGGUGGGGGUUGGAUUGUUGUACAACAUCGGUUCGACGGCGGGGUAGAUUUUUACCGUGAUUGGGCCGAAUACCGCGAGGGUUUUGGCAACUUGACAAAGGAGUUCUGGCUCGGUCUGGAGAAAAUGUACCAGAUAACAACAGCCCGUGCACAAGAAAUAAUAUUCGAGAUGAAAGACUCCGAGGGCAACUACGGGUAUGCCCGGUAUAAUCAGUUUAAAAUAGGCAGCGAAUGUGAGCAGUACAGUCUUAAAACCCUAGGAACGUACAGCGGCACUGCAGGUGAUGCGAUAACAUAUCAAAAAGAAUCGAAAUUUUCAACAAAAGAUCGAGAGAAUGACCGCCUUGGUGUCAAAUGUGCUCAAUGGCAUCGCGGCGCCUGGUGGUACUAUAAUUGUACUAGGGCGAAUUUGAAUGGGCCGUACCAGCAAGUUGACCAUCAGAAAUCUAUGUAUUGGACAAAUUUCAAAAACAAACAAGGAUUGAGCUUCUCAAGGAUGCUGAUGCGUGAAACGUGA